AUGAGUCCCAGCGUCGUCCCACUGGACUCCAGCUGUUCUCCGGACUGUCUGUUUUUUUCCAGGAACCAACGGUGUCACAGUCCAUUACUGCCGAAACGUUCAUCAAAAAGAGCUUGUUCAUUGAUUCAGAACAUUUUAGAUGAAUCAAAGUCAGACGUCAGAGCUUCAAGGGCAGAGGAAAAGACUCACAUGAACUCGAAAACGAGAACAUGAGGUGGUGGUGAGAAAUGGGCAGCGUUUUUCUGAGUAAUGAGGGAGGUUCUGGUAUUUUGUAGAUAGUCAAACAUUAAGCAGUGAAAACAGAGGAAGACGCCAAAGACAGCUGAAGAGGAAGUUGUUGUGAAAGACCUUUCUGAGACAGCAACGCAACAACUCUGGAAGAAAUAAAUCCCAGUAAACAUACACCCCAGUAUGGAGGAGUUCAGUUCCGAGGAUUCUGGUGUCCAAGAUGUGGGACCUCAAAUCAACGGGCUGGUGGUCCAGAUCCUGAAGACGAUGUCUGUGUUGCUGGUGCGGGUCAGACAGAAGGUUCUGGAAAUAGCUAUUCUGAUCUGUGUGAUUCUGCUGGUGUUCUGGGUGGCUCUAUUCCUCUACGGCAGUUUCUAUUAUUCCUUCAUGCCCACAGCCAAUUUCAUCACACCUGUCCACUUCUUCUACAGCAGGACUGACUGUCCAUCUCCUCUUCACUCUAUGUGUUCUUUUCCUGUGGCUAAUGUCUCUUUACUGAAAAAUGGAAAACAUCAGGUAAUGACGUACGGCCAGCCCUAUCGGAUCACGCUAGAGCUGGAAAUGCCAGAGUCUCUUGCCAAUCAGGAGCUGGGAAUGUUCCUAGUGAAAAUCACUCCCUAUUCUAAAGCUGGUCAGAUUGUUGACGAAUCAGCACGUUCUGCAAUGCUCCAUUAUCGCUCCUCUCUUCUUCAGGCUCUGGGCACAGUGGUCUUCUCUCCCAUGCUGUUAACAGGAGCAUCGGAGCAGAAGCAGUCAGUCUCAGUGGAGCUGUACUCUGAGUUCAAAGAUGAUUCUUACAAACCCACUGUUGGAGCUGUCAUUGAGAUCCAUUCCCAGCGUAUUCAGAUCUACAGAGCACAUCUCUUCAUCUUCGCUCACUUUACAGGCAUCAGGUACCUGCUGUAUCACUUCCCCCUGAUAUCAGCACUGAUUGGAGUGAUGAGUAACUUCACUUUCCUCAGUUUGAUUAUUGCUCUCAGCUUCCUGCAGUUUAAUCUGGGUAGUCGCAGGUUACCUGUUAAGACUGAUAUGCAACAAGAAGAAAUGAAUGAACCGGAUGACCUGAAUGAUCAGUUUGAAUCCCAGAAUGAAGGAAAUGCACCAGAAAAUGUUGACACCAUGGAUUGCAAUUCUGUGGAGAUGGAAGAAUCCAUUCCAGACAUGGGGGUGGAGGAGAGUGACGACCCCAGAGAACUCGCUGAGGAUGAACCCAUCUGUGAGGCUGGGGAUGGAGAAAUGAUUUUGAGACACAGGCAUUUAUCACAGGACACGUUACAGUCUUCCCAAGCAUUAACAGACACCAAAGAUAAAAAUUACUAUCGUGUUGGUUGUUCAAGCUUCUAGAGAGGGAAUGGAGCUGUCUUCUAAAUGAGGGUAAAGGUUAUGAAAAGCAAAGGCCACUUACUUGACUUCAUUACAAUCUCCUUGUUUAAAAACUUUAUGCUAGCCCAAAAUAGGCCUUUCGUUAUUUCAAAAGUAAUCAGAGACAAGCACAAUUACAUUACCACCAUUUAUUAUUUCUCAAGUAUUGACAUAACCUAUAUAUCCAAACUAACCCUUCCCUUUGUUGUGGAAUAUUAUAUAAUACAACUACUACAACACUGAAAACAGUGAGACUGUGUCAAUAAAUAGCCCAAGGGGAAAAAUGGCAUUUGGUUGCGGUGUAUGUCUGGAAAAUGACAUUAUUGAUUUGCAUUAAUUUACAUGCAUCCCUCUUGGAAACACAAAGACAACCAGAGAAAUAUCUAUAGAUUUUGUUUGCAGAAAGAGCUGAAGAGUUCAAUGUGAAAAAAGAAGACUUAAAAUUGAAAGCAAAAAAUAAAAUUGUAAAGUAUUUAUACA